AUGCGCGCGCUCGCCCAGGCCGGCGUGCGGCUCCGCGGCCCAGUCCGAGGCUCAGGCUCUUCGCGGGCAACGGAAAGGCGCGGCCGGGGCAGGGCCUUCAGGCAGUACCGGCUGUUGAGGGGCGCUCCGACCGCAGGCCUCCCGCCUUCUUUCUCCCCCGAGCUCGGGGCGGUGGAAGGACAGCUCCCCAGGGAGACUGUGAGGACGUGGGGGCGGGGAGGCCCCUCCAUCCGGGCUGCGCGGGCGGGCGGCGAAGGAGGUGGUUGACUCGAGGGUACAAUGUCCGAACAAGAGCGUAUCCAGGACUGUCUGAGGAAAGAAAUAAGGUCACUUCUUAUUUCCACUAAAGACGGUUUGACCCCACAGCAGUUGGAAAAGGAGUACCUUUUGAUGGUUGGCAACCGUCUGCCACUCCGAAUCCUCGGCUACCGCUCCACUAUGGAGCUGGUGUUGGACAUGCCUGAUGUGGUUUGUGUCUGCCCCAGUGGGGAUGGUACCUUAAUAUUGAAAGCCAUUCCAGAUGAAUCCACCAAAGGAAUAGCAAGUUUAGUCGCAAAGCAGAGGAGUAGCCAUAAGGUUCAAAACUCCAUGCAGAAGGGAAGGGCCAGUAUUUGCUCUGGGACAAGUUCUCACCGAGUGCCUUACCGAGGAAGGGUGCCCCCUAUUCUUCCUGCUGUUGUGAAGAGUGAGUUGAAAGACCUCUUGGCAUUGUCUCCUGUUCUUCUUUCUGAUUUUGAGAAGGCAUUUGCCAAGCGAUUUGGACGGUCAUUUCAAUAUAUGCAGUAUGGAUUCCUCUCUAUGUUUGAAGUGCUGAAUGCAGCUUCAGAUGUUAUUUCUGUAGAACAGACCAGAGCAGGUUCUUUAUUGAUGCUGAAGAAGAGUGUAUCAGAGGAGAGGCAUAGAAGAUGGCCAGCAGGUAAAAUUUUCACCCAGCCAUUUAGAAUGAAACAACGAGGGUCAUAUUCUACAGGCUGCCCGGUUACAAAGCCAUGUUUUCCACAACCCAUUUCAAACAUGGAACUACCAAAGCGAAUAGUGAACAUGGAGAAUACUUCCACAUUCAGUACAGGGAAGACUUCAAGGCUGAAUCGCACUGAAAAACUAAACCAGUUAGAGAACUCAUUCAAGUCAGUUAUUGCACAAAUUGGACCUGGAGGGACUGUUGAUCCAGAACUAAAACAUAAGAUAAAAUGUGUUGUAUCUAAGUUUCCAGAGGGUUUAUUUAUUUCUAAACUGCUUGGAGAGUUUGAGAUAAUUUUUAAAGAGCAACUUUCACCAAAGAACUUGGGCUUCUUAAAUGUGACCGAACUUGUUGGAGCUCUUAGUGAUAUUCUUCAUGUUGAGUUUAGGGAAGGAGAACAAGACUUGCUGGUGUUUGAUGCUGAUAUGAAGCCUAUACCACCUGAUAAGAAAAUAGAAUCCAAAGUUUAUGUCUCUAGUCCUCCAAGAAAUUCAUCAUCUGCUGCUGCUAUUAAGGAGACUACGUGGGACUGCUCUUUGAAAAAACAUAAAGAUCCAGAACCGAAGAUUUGUAAGGAGCCUAAUCUGGUGAAACUAGAAAUAAGCAAACCACAGCUCAACAUGCCAGUGACAAAUGAUAUCCCACCGGAUGCUGUACAAGAAAAGAAAUUAUGCAGACUUCCCCCAUUAGAUACCAGUACCCUUGUGGGGGUCUUUGUGGAGUACAUUAUCUCUCCUAGUCAAUUCUACGUCCGAAUCUAUAGCAGGGAUUCAUCAGAGUUACUUGAAGACAUGAUGAUUGAAAUGCGGCGCUGUUACUCUAACCAGCUGGUUUCUGAUCGAUACACCAUGCCAGAACAUUUUAUUCAGCCAGGACAUCUCUGUUGUGUAAGGAUUUCUGAGGAUAAGUGGUGGUAUCGGGUUGUUAUCCACCAAGUCCUGGCGAAAAAUGAAGUUGAAGUGUUUUACCCAGACUUUGGAAAUAUUGGAACUGUCCAGAAGUCCUCUCUGAGGUUCCUGAAGUGCUGCUACACAAAGCUUCCGGCUCAGGCUAUCCCUUGUUCUUUGGCUUGGGUGAGACCAGUGAAGGAACACUGGACAUCCAGAGCUAUUUUGCAGUUUCAGAAGUUGUGUGGUUUGAAGCCACUAGUGGGAGUAGUGGAUGAAUAUAUAGAUGGAAUCCUUAACAUUUUCCUGUGUGAUACAUCCUCAAAUGAAGACAUUUAUUUCCAUCAUGUCUUGAGAACAGAAGGCCAUGCUAUUGUAUGCCGAGAAAAUGUCCCUUCUAAGGGCUUCAGAGACCUAAACCCUUUAGCUUUAUACACUAAAUCCAGUGGUGGGCCGGAUGAUGUUGACAUGGCAGAACUGGGUUAUCUUUCCCAGCACCACUAUUUUAAUAAAGACCGAGAGAUAAGUCCACAAUCCAAAGACAGUGAAUUACAUACCCUGUCUGUGUCAAAGGAGCCAUUAAAGGAUUCAGAAUUCAAUUCUUUGAAAACUCUGAAGAACUAUGAAGAUGAUCCAAAGUGGUCCAUCACAGAGCCAAAGGAUCGGAAGGAAGAAAGUGAGGAUGAGAUCCCCACUGGCAUGCCAUGCCUGGAGUCAGUGACUAUAGGUGAUGAUAUUUGGGAUGAGAACUGGCUGAAAAUGGAAAAGGAAGGUGAUGCUGUCUCCCAUCUAUUUACCUCAAGCGUUGGUGGAAGGAAAAAAUAUUUAUUAUGUGAAGAAAUAAGACAAAAGGAUUGUUUUUCUCCAUCCAAAGAUAAAUGGGAGGAUUCACAGCAGCCUUCAGGCCUUGUGAAUGGAAUAAAAGUAGAAAUUCAAAAACCAGAAGGGCUGGAUGCUCAAGAAAGAAAUACUAGCCCAACCAACAUUGAAACGGAAACAGAUUUGGAAGAUUCUUUGGAUUCUGCCACACUGCCCAAAUUGGAAAAGUUUUACAUCUCUUUUAUCCAGUCACAGCAGUCAACAGAAGGGAGCCAGUUUGAACCAAACAACAUUCUGACUCAGCCAAAAGAAAUCCGGCUAUCCACAGCAGUGUCCAGUUCAACUCCUACAGUGGUGGACUCCCCCGAAGAAGAGUCUGCUUCUGUGCAAAGCUCUCCAGAGAGCCAAAAGAAUGAAGAUUUUUCCAGUAGUAAUACUACCCCAUUCAAGGACAAGAGUCAAGGAUCUAUGGACCAACUGUCUUUUAUUUUGUCUCCAGAGCACAAGAUUUCUCAGAAACUCUACAUUCCUCGAAGCACAGCCACUGCUGCCUUAGGGGCUGCUGCACGGUUAGCUACCUCCAGGAGCUUCCUGCAUUGGUACCCCAGUGUGAAAGGGAUGGAGGCAUGAGGGAAGGCGGAGGAGUUCAAAGCAGUGUAGUAUUUUGGAAAGACCUCGAAUGAGGAGCUAUGAAUCCUAGAAAGACUGACCUGCCUACACUCACACAGCUUGAAUUUCCAUACCUGCUGACUCAUAGCCCAGUGCCCUUUACACAAAAAAUAGUGCAAUUUCAUCUUGUUUAACUGAUUUGUGCCAGAAGACACAGAUGUUGGAGAUCAGUCUGAAGGAAUAGCUGAAAAACACUCUUGGUGUUCGUGGAGGAGGGGACUAAUCUCAUACUCUUGAACUGUUUACCAAUGGGAAAUGUUAAACAGCCAAAUAUGAAAAAGUGGCAUCAUAGGAAAUGAGAAACCAGCGUCUUACAGAGAAAUCUUUCUGAAGCUUCCUACAACAUUUAUAGUACAAGGCUUUCCUAACAUUUUAACAGUAUUUUGAGAAUCGCAUAUGAUGACAUGGCCACCAUUCACAAUAUUCAUAAUUGUGUAGGAGCCAUCGCUAGACAUUGACAAUACUUUGUUUCCCAGAUCCCAUUUCCUCUGUUCCAAAAAUCUUGACCUUUCCCAAGAGCCGACCAAAGUACACAGCUGCAUCAGUAAAGUCCGUCUGUGUACUUUGUGUUUGCCCCCGUUCCCAACAGACCUGUGUCACUUGGCUCAUUUAGUCAGCCACCUAGCAGGUCCGCAGUCAGCCUAGCAAGCGUUUCGGGUUCACUGGCCUACUGGAACCAGAAACCUUUAAACACUGCAUUUUAAACUGUGUACACAGAAAAUGUUAAUGGUUCAAACAAGGGCUUUCAUAAUACUUCAUACAAUUGACAUUUUUCAUGUGAAAUUGAGUAUUUAGCCAUAAUUAGAAAGUGAGUAGAGAAUGUAUUCCCAGCUAAACUUUCUGGGGUUAUAAACAUAGUUUUCAGUAAAUGCUUAAAAGAGUUUAUGACUUACAGAUCUUUAUGUUUCUGUUAAAUAUUUUUAAUUUAUGGAAAAGUGGGUAUAGGAAUGUUAACUUUUUUUCUUCUUGAUGCAAUUUAGAUAAAUUAUCUGAUGAAACCAUGUUUGUGACUCUGUUCUCAACUUUUGUUUACAAACCUAAUGGCAUAUUGUUUCGAUCAAGAAAUGAUGAUUAGUUUAAUCUUUGGAAGUUGUAACAGCGUUUUGUUUGAUUUAAAUAUUUAUAAAGUUGGAUUUUGUCAAAAA